AUGUGCAAUAUUGCAUAUAACAAGAUCACAAACACACAGCAACAACUCACUUCAUGGAAGAACAUAGAAGACCCAUCACCGGGACCGUAUGCUAUGCAUCUUGACGCGAAUAACAGCCAGUAUUUGAUUGUGUGGAAUGGGUCUGAGAGGUAUUGGACUAGUGGGCCUUGGAAUGGUAAGAUUUUCAGCUUAAUACCUGAAAUGAGGGCCAAUUAUAUCUUCAAUUUCAGCUAUGUAGACAACGAGAAUGAGAGUUACUUCACAUAUUCUCUGUAUAAUCCUGCGAUUAUUUCGAGGUUUCUUAUGGAUGUUUCGGGGCAAGUCAAGAUGCUCACUUGGUUGGAAGGAACCAAGGAAUGGAACUUGUUUUGGGCUCAGCCGAGACAGCAAUGUGAGGUUUACGCUUAUUGCGGGGCAUUUGGGACCUGCAAUGAGAAUACUCUUCCAUUCUGUAAUUGUUUGCAAGGGUUUCGUGAAUCGAAUGCGACUGAUUGGAAUCUGAGUGAUUAUUCUGCUGGGUGUGUGAGGAAUACUCCAUUACAGCAGUGUGGGAAUACGAGCGUGGUGAACGGACAGAGAGAUAGGUUUUGGGAAUAUUCAAACAUGAGAUUGCCUGAAUAUCCUCAGUCUCUGUCUGUUGGAAGCAAUGUGGAAUGUGAAUCUGCGUGCUUGAAUAACUGUUCUUGCACUGCUUAUGCUUAUGGAAGCGAUGGAUGUUCAAUUUGGACUGUGAACCUCUUGAAUCUGCAACAACUCUCUGGAAACGAUGGUAGUGGAAAAACUCUUUAUCUCAGGCUUGCUGCUUCUGAGUUUCCAGUAGCGAAAAACAAGAAGAGGGCCAUCAUUGGCGCAGUUGCGGGUUCAGUUGGAGCAUUGCUCGUGGGCCUUGUUUUUGCUUUUGUAUGGAAACGGCAAAGGAGAUUUGUUUUUGCAAAAACAAAAGCAGUAGAGGGUUCGUUGGUUGCGUUUGCAUACAGAGAUUUGCAAAACGCAACAAAAAAUUUCUCUGAGAAAUUGGGGGGAGGAGGAUUUGGUUCCGUUUUCAAAGGGACGUUGCCAGAUUCAAGUGUCAUAGCGGUGAAAAAACUUCAAAGCAUUAGCCAAGGAGAGAAGCAAUUCCGAACAGAAGUCAGCACAAUUGGAACCAUCCAACACGUCAACCUUGUUCGGCUUCGUGGGUUUUGCUCUGAAGGUAGUAAGAGGUUGUUGGUGUAUGAUUACAUGCAAAACAGUUCCUUGGAUGCCCAUCUUUUCAACGAAAAGGAGUCAAAGAUUUUUGAUUGGCAAACUCGGUACCAAAUUGCACUUGGGACAGCCCGGGGGUUGGCUUAUCUUCAUGAAAAGUGCCGGGAUUGCAUCAUACAUUGCGACAUAAAGCCCGAAAACAUACUCUUAGACGCCGAGUUCUGUCCCAAAGUAGCGGAUUUCGGUCUGGCAAAGCUCAUGGGACGUGAAUUCAGCAGGGUUCUAACAACCAUGAGAGGGACACGAGGCUAUCUUGCACCAGAGUGGAUUUCAGGGGUAGCCAUAACAGCCAAAGCCGAUGUCUACAGCUACGGUAUGAUGCUCUUUGAACUCGUAUCAGGAAGGAGAAACUCCGAGCAACUUCAAGACGGGAAAGUAAGAUUCUUCCCAACAUGGGCUGCGAGUGUAGUCAUAGAGGGAGGCGAUAUACUUGACCUAUUGGACCCAAAGUUGGGCCGAAAUGCUGACAGUGAAGAGCUAAAGAAGAUUUGUAGAGUCGCUGCUUGGUGCAUCCAGGAUGAUGAAAAUCAUAGGCCGACAAUGGGUCAGAUAGUUCAGAUCCUCGAAGGAGUCCUAGAUGUGAAUCCACCUCCGAUUCCACGAUCUCUUCAAGCGUUCGUCGACAACCAGGAACAUAUUGUUUUCUUCACAGAGUCUGAUCAGAUUUCACAAGCACGGGGCAAUCCUUCAAGCUCUGAUCAGAGUAAGAGCACUACUUCAACAAUGAGUUCCUAGUUCUGAAGAUAAUAAAAUAAGAAUGUGGUGGAACACUUGUGUUGUCUACUUGCUUAACUAUAGUAGUGCAGUGUAAGGCUUGUUUUGUUAUUCUUUGUUGCCACUGUUUUUGUUUUCAAUAAAUAUUAGUGGUUAAAUUUUAGUAAAUUUUAUUGUAGCAAUGUUCAAAAUAACCUAUUUGAGGGAUAUACAAGACUACAAAAAAUUAGAAACUUGCAGUA